CGGUGAACGCGCUGCGGUGAGCAGAGGAUGAGGAGGAGAUGAGCUGUGGACGCGCUGGAUGGACGGACCGCUGCUCCUCUAGGACAACGUCAUGCUGAGUCUACUGCGCCCCCUACUGGUCGCCUGCUUGUACACUCUGCUGCUGCCCGGAGGCCAGGGCAGGAUCCUCAGGUACAACAACGGCUUUCACUACCAGGACAUCAGCAACGGCAACGGCAAUGGAGAGAUCUAUUUCAAUGGGGUUCGUCUCCAUGUGGAAUCCCCGCAGCCUUCAGUGUCAGCCUCCAGGGGGAGCAGUGUCACCCUUCCCUGUCACUACCACUAUGAGCCUGAGAUCGCCACACCACGCAGGACCCGGGUCAAGUGGUCCUGGUUGCCUGCCAACACCAUCACUGCACCUGCUUCCCCCGAAGCCCUCACCAGCGAAACUGAGGUCAUGGUUGCCAUGGGCAGCCGCCACCGCAGCUAUGGCAACUUCCAGGGCCGCGUGCGUCUGAGGCGCUCAGCACCAGGGGACAUGUCUCUUGUGAUCAAUGAGCUGCAGCUCAAUGAUACAGGAAGAUAUCGUUGUGAGGUGAUUGACGGCCUGGAAGAUGAGAGUGUGACUGUGGAGCUGGAGCUGCGAGGUGUGGUGUUUCCCUACUACUCUCAGAAAGGACGCUACCAUUUUAACUUCUUUGGGGCCCAACAAGCUUGCCAGGAUCAGGAUGCCACUCUAGCUACAUUUGAGCAGCUCUUCUUGGCGUGGGAAGAGGGACUAGACUGGUGUAACGCCGGCUGGUUGGCUGAUGGUACAGUGCAGUAUCCAAUCACAGUCCCACGAGAUGGCUGCGGGGGCAUUGACUUAGCUCCUGGUUUGCGUAGCUACGGUCAACGCCAUCGCCUCUUCCACAGCUAUGAUGCUUUCUGCUUCUCCGCCUCUGUCAAGGGAGGUGUAUACUUCUUAAAGCACCUGACCAAGCUUAACUUCACUGAGGCUGUCCAGGCAUGUGCCAUUGAUGGAAGCCAGAUUGCCAAAGUGGGCCAGCUCUACGCCGCCUGGAGGCUGAUGGGGUUUGACCGCUGCGAUGCUGGCUGGUUGGCUGACGGGAGUGUGCGUUAUCCUAUCACAAAACCCCGGGCUAACUGUGGCCCGACUGAACCAGGGGUGCGUAGUUUCGGGUUCCCCCCUCUGUACCUUAAGUUUGGUGUCUACUGUUAUCGGUAGAUGCUCUGACUCAAUAUGAGACACAACAAACCAUUCUUACAGCACACUGGUUUAAAGCUCUGCUCGGGGAGUUAGCAUUUACUAUAGCCUGGAUGCAAAUUAGCAGUUAGCCAGUAUGUUCAUUUCUAAGCUGUUUUAAAGUGAAACCAUUUGGGUUAAUCACUCUCCACCUUUAUUCGACUGAAACUCAUGUCUCAGUAUUGAACUUAAGGUUAACAACUGUUUUUGCACUCGUGCUUUGGCAUGGCCACACUAUAUGGCCAGAAGUAUGUGGACACACACGUGUAAUAGCUGAAUAUCAAAUUCAUAAACUAGAGGCCAUUAAUAGGCUACAGGGAUUUUCUUGCUCCGGUCAAAAGCAUUACUUAGAUUCUGUGAUAAAUCCUAGCUCAAAAUCAGCAUUUCAGUUCAUCCCAAAGGUGUUGGAUGAGACUGAGGUCAGGUUUCUGUGCAGGCAAGUCAAGUCAAACCAUUACUUCGUGAAUCUUUUCUGUACAAGGUGUAUUUUCAUGUCAAAACUGAAAAGGACCUUUCCCAAAUUUUUGCCAUAAGCAACACACUACUGACCAAAUGACGUAUUGUUAGCAUUAAGGUUUCCCUGAAAUCAAUCGAAGAGGACUAAUCUUGACAAAGACAACAGCCCGACAAAAAAUACAGGGACAAGGAUGUCCACAUACUAUUGGCCAUAUAGUCUCAACCACAUGUCUCAACUACUACAACGAUCUGCAGAAACAUGGUUUGCUUUUUGUCUUCAGUUAUUUUGCCUGCGAAUACCCCUCACAGAUCAAAUCAAAUCUUUUUUUUUUUGCAACCAUUUUGAUAUAUGGCUGAACAGCUUUGACUUUUGCAAAUUAGCAGUUAGCCAGUAUAAAUACAAACCAUUUACUUUUCUCAUCCACCAGCACUGACUUUAAUCCACAUAUGAUUGAUUUCACACUCAGGGAAGGUAUUCCAAUAAAAACCACUCUCCAACCACACCUCAGUCCUUCACAUACCCUGUCUUUAUUCAACAAGAACAUUCUCUUGUAUUUUCCAGCUGUGCCCUCCAGAACACUGGAGUCGAACAGUAACACAAUAACACUUUCAACCUUGGUACUACAUCUGCAGACUUUUGGGUUAAGUGCCUCGCCAAAGGGCACCUUUAUGGUCAAGGGAGUGGAGAGUGUCUUUCAUAAUUUUUGUUUCAGAGCUUUAGUCUUGGUCCAUGAUUGCACACUCACUAACUAUAGUUCACCACUCUCUCUGUCUCUGAGUCUGUUCAUCUUAAAUGUUUGCGUAUCUGAGUUCAUAAAGUAUAAUCCAUCUCUUUUUCAUUUUUCUGAGGAUGAUUAAGAGUAGUACUCUGUGAUGAUGAAGUUAUGAGUGUAUUGUUGUAAUAUUUAAACUACCUUGUUUGCAUCCAUUGUGGAAGAAGAAAUAGCAUUGCCUACCAUGCAAGUACCUUUUGGGGUUUUUCAUUAAAUACUGUAUGUCCAGACAUUUGUACUAUUUUCUACAGAUCAAUAAAAACACAGUCUGAAA